GAUUGGAUGGUGAGAAAAGGAAAGAUUCCUGUGAGAAGAGAUCAGGAUGAACGGAGAGAUCUGUGCUUAAAGUUGGGCCAAGUGACAAUGAUCUCUUUGAAAGUAGAGAUCUGAGCAGAUGAAAAUACAAUCAGGAAAAUGCAACAUGGCAGCAGCAAUGGAAACAGAACAGCUGGGUGUUGAGAUAUUUGAAACUGCAGAGUGUGAGGAAGGAACUAUUGAAUCACAGGAUCGACCUAAACUGGAGCCGUUUUAUGUCGAACGAUAUUCUUGGAGUCAGCUUAAAAAGCUGCUUGCUGAUACCAGAAAAUAUCAUGGCUACAUGAUGGCUAAGGCACCUCAUGACUUUAUGUUUGUGAAGAGGACAGAUCCAGAUAGCCCUCACUCAGACAGGGUCUACUAUCUUGCCAUGUCUGGUGAGAACAGAGAAAAUACACUAUUUUAUUCUGAAAUCCCUAAAACCAUCAACAGAGCAGCAGUCUUAAUGCUUUCUUGGAAGCCUCUUUUGGACCUUUUUCAGGCGACACUAGACUAUGGGAUGUAUUCUCGAGAGGAAGAGCUCCUCAGAGAAAGGAAGCGAAUCGGAACCGUGGGAAUCGCAGCUUAUGAUUAUCACCCAGGAAGCGGGACAUUCCUGUUUCAAGCUGGUAGUGGAAUUUAUCAUAUCAAAGAUGGAGGCCCACACGGAUUUACGCAACAACCUUUACGACCCAAUUUAGUGGAAACUAGUUGUCCCAAUAUACGGAUGGAUCCAAAAUUAUGCCCUGCUGAUCCAGACUGGAUAGCUUUCAUCCACAGCAACGAUAUCUGGAUAUCGAACCUGGUAACCAGGGAAGAACGGAGGAUCACCUAUGUGCACAAUGAGCUAGCCAACAUGGAAGAGGAUCCCAGAUCAGCUGGAGUUGCUACCUUUGUUCUUCAAGAAGAAUUUGAUAGAUACUCAGGCUACUGGUGGUGUCCACAAGCUGAAAGAACUCCUAGUGGUGGUAAAAUUCUUAGAAUUCUCUAUGAAGAAAAUGAUGAAUCUGAGGUCGAAAUUAUUCAUGUUACAUCCCCCAUGUUGGAAACAAGAAGGGCAGAUUCAUUCCGCUAUCCUAAAACAGGCACAGCAAACCCAAAGGUCACUUUCAAGAUGUCAGAGAUACUUGUUGAUGCUGAAGGAGGGAUUAUAGAUGUCAUAGAUAAAGAACUGGUUCAACCUUUUGAGAUUCUGUUUGAAGGAGUCGAAUAUAUUGCCAGAGCUGGAUGGACUCCAGAGGGAAAAUAUGCCUGGUCCAUCCUACUAGAUCGUUCCCAGACUCACCUACAGAUAGUUCUGAUCUCCCCUGAGUUAUUCAUCCCAGUGGAAGAUGAUGCCAUGGACAGACAGAGACUCAUAGAGUCAGUGCCUGACUCUGUGACACCACUGAUCAUCUAUGAAGAAACAACAGACAUCUGGAUAAAUAUCCACGAUAUCUUUCAUGUUUUCCCUCAAACUCAUGAAGAUGAAAUAGAGUUUAUUUUUGCCUCUGAAUGCAAAACAGGUUUCCGUCAUUUGUAUAAAAUCAUAUCCAUUUUAAAGGAGAGCAAAUAUAAACGAUCCAGCGGUGGACUACCUGCCCCAAGUGAUUUCAAGUGUCCUAUCAAAGAAGAAAUAGCAAUUACCAGUGGUGAAUGGGAAGUUCUUGGCCGGCAUGGAUCUAAUAUCUGGAUUGAUGAAGUCAGAAAGCUGGUAUACUUUGAAGGCACCAAGGACUCUCCCUUGGAGCAUCACCUGUAUGUGACCAGUUAUGCAAACCCUGGCGAAGUGGUGAGGCUGACUGACCGAGGCUACUCACACUCCUGCUGCCUCAGCCAGCAUUGUGACUUCUUCAUAAGUAAGUAUAGCAACCAGAAGAAUCCACACUGUGUGUCCCUCUACAAACUCUCAAGUCCUGAAGAUGACCCAGUUCAUAAAACAAAGGAAUUUUGGGCCACCAUUUUGGAUUCAGCAGGUCCUCUUCCUGACUAUACCCCUCCAGAAAUAUUUUCUUUUGAAAGUACUACUGGAUUUACACUGUAUGGGAUGUUAUAUAAGCCUCAUGACCUACAACCUGGAAAGAAAUAUCCCACUGUGCUCUUCAUAUAUGGUGGUCCCCAGGUACAGCUGGUGAACAAUCGAUUUAAAGGAGUCAAGUAUUUCCGCCUGAACACCCUGGCCUCCCUCGGUUAUGUGGUUGUGGUGAUAGACAACAGGGGAUCCUGUCACCGAGGUCUUAAAUUUGAAGGCGCCUUUAAAUAUAAAAUGGGUCAAAUAGAAAUCGAUGAUCAAGUGGAAGGACUCCAGUACCUAGCGUCUCAGUAUGACUUCAUUGACUUGGAUCGUGUGGGCAUCCAUGGCUGGUCUUAUGGAGGCUAUCUUUCCCUGAUGGCAUUAAUGCAGAGAUCGGAUAUCUUCAGGGUUGCUAUUGCUGGGGCCCCAGUCACUCUGUGGAUCUUCUAUGAUACAGGAUACACGGAACGUUAUAUGGGCCACCCAGAUCAGAAUGAACAGGGCUAUUACUUAGGGUCUGUGGCCAUGCAAGCGGAGAAGUUCCCCUCAGAACCAAAUCGCUUACUCCUCUUACACGGGUUCUUGGAUGAGAAUGUUCAUUUUGCACACACCAGUAUAUUGCUGAGUUUUUUAGUGAGGGCUGGAAAGCCCUAUGACUUACAGAUCUACCCUCAGGAGAGGCACAGCAUCAGAGUCCCUGAGUCUGGAGAACAUUAUGAACUGCAUCUGUUGCACUACCUUCAGGAGAACCUUGGAUCACGCAUUGCUGCUCUCAAAGUGAUAUAACUCUGAUUUGUGAGAACUCGGGUGUACACUGUCUAACCAAAUGAGGAGGGUUAGUCAAUAGAGAAACCAGAGUUGAUGAUUGUACUUUGGUACCCGCCAUGUAAGAUCUACUUCUGAAAGUAAAUUUGGUGCCAUGCAGAAAUCUGCAGUUAAUGGAUAGUAAUCUAAUACCUUAACCAUGUACACAGAACUGAGUGACAUAUUUUCAAGAGAUUCAACAAUACCACGAGGAUACUGAAAGAAGCAAGGCAUCAGCACCACAUAUUCACACUAGCCUAUUUUCACAUAUACUAGCAGUAUAAGCCUCUUGGACUUAAUUAGUGGAUUUUACAGUAUAUUUCUGAGUUUGUUAAAAUAUGAUGAUAGUAGUGAUUGGUUUGGUUCAAUUCCAGGAUCUCUGACUAGUUAUGGAUUUGAUAGCACUUACGUCUAACUGAAUAGCUUAUGCUUCGUCACUUGGGGUGUAUCCAGCAUGUCAUGAACUAAUUACUAUUAAGCUUAUGACUUUCCCAGUCAUUAAUGAUUUUUCAAGGAUAACUUAGUGGCCUCCUAAAGAUACUUACUUGGGCUCUGACAAGUUUUUAACCAAUUUAAACAGCAUCUAGUAUAAGUACUUCUUUUUCUUUGAUGAUCUGAUGGACUGGGGUUUCCUUUCACAUAAAGGCAAGUAACUAUGUAGCAUGAGUUUAAUCACAAGUCUCAAGAUGUUGACAAUUACAGGCAAAAAAAAAAAAUUUUAUCAAAUUAUUUAAGAGUUUGAAAAUUAGCAGGCAAGGUUUGUUUUUUUUUUUUUUUCUCUCCUUUUAGGAACAGAAAAUGUACACAUUCAUUUGUAUUCUGAAAAUGUAAUGGUGUCCAUUUUCAUUUGGCCUUUCAUUACUAAAAUGGUCCAUAGUUUCCAGGAUGUAGAAGGGUUACAGUGGGAGUGGGGAGACCCUGGUGCAAGGAGUGACGGGGAGAGGAGGCAGCAAGGCUCUGCUUAAGAACUGAGCAGAAAUAGUUCUGCAGAAGCACUCAUGAGAAAACCCAGGUAAAUGUAAACUCCCUGAGUGCCUGGGAACCAGAACUAGGAAGUCAGGCUUUGCCAGCACAGCUACAUGGUCAGCAUUCGGAGGAGUACUUUUAUAAUUCUAGCUUUAUGUUAUUUUUCUUUUCAACUUUAGAAACCUUGCAAAUCUAAACUUCAAAUUUUUUGUUUGUUUGGUUGGUUGGUUUCUCAUGACAGGGUUUCUCUGUGUAGCUUUGGAGCCUGUCCUGGAACUUGCUCUGUAGACCAGGCUGGCCUUGAACUCACCGAGAUCCUCCUGCCUCUGCCUCUGAGUACUGAGAUUAAAGGUGGCGUGUGCUACCAUGACCCAGCUAACUUUUUAUUUGAAUGUAACUUAGAUAUUGCUAGCUUAAAAUGAAAAGUUUCCAGACCACUUCUUUGCCGUAAACUAAUCCCUGACAAACCAUGGCACACUCAGUGUUGAAGGCCUAUCAACAGUUUUUUAAUCGGCAUUCUCCUGGUUUAGCCUUCCUGCUUAACUAUGAAGGGAAUACAUGAGCUUUCAAGUGCUGGUUGGUGUGUGCCCUUUAGGGCCUUCCAGUAUUAGAUGGGUCCCACUGGAGCCAGGCACCUGUGGGUUUGACCCUUUUUAAUCACAAACUUCAGUAUUUAGGAAGUUAUAGUAAUUUUAAAAUCACUCCAAGAAAACUUACUCUGUUUCUUUCUCCCUGCCACAGCCGGUCCCUUCCCAAGAGCAGUCUGUGUUAGUGAGGAUGAUAGCAGUCGGAUCAGAGGUGGGCAGCUCAGGAAGCCAGGGAAUGACAGGUGACCAUGGGCUUCUGUCCUUGGGGAGGGAGGGCUGGUAUCUGCUGGCUGUGUAUUUAUGCUGUAUGAUAGAGUCCGCAUUUUUUCUUAUUGUCUAUUUUGACUUUCAUGCUUAUGACAUUUUCUCGUGCCAAAAUUUGUUUAUAUUUUUCAAAGUUAAAUUAAACUGAUUUGGGUAACUUUUCUUCCCCAACAAAGUAUUUCCCUCAUGACUUAAGUAUCUGUCUUGACUGUUGAGGGUGGUAUUGCUGCACCAGCUAGCCUCCAAAGGCUGCUUCUUACAUUCUAAGUAGGAGUGACAUUAAGUAGCUCUCAGCCACUCUUUUGAAGUCUCUCACCUUUAAUUUUGCUUAGUAAUAAGACAUUUCUUAUUUUAUGCAAACAAACCUUAGAAAACUUCACUUAUCGUAGAUUCUUCUUGCCUUCAUUCCUGCUGUCACAGGAAUGCAUUUAUAAUUAUGUCAUUUAAAUGUCAUCCUACUUCUCUAAGGGAGAAAGUGCUUUGCUCACUUGCACACAGGUGGCUUGACUGGGUUUGCUUGCCUACAGUGGUGUGGAAGACAUAGGUUAGUUGGAGCAAUCAGAAGCCACUCUAGAACUGUCUGUCCUCUAACUGUGGGUGUAAAUGAGAAAGGCAAGAGUCCAUGAAACUCAAAGUUUGAUGAGAGCCAGAAAGCACUCCUUACACAUCUAAGUGGGGUUUUCACAGGCUUAGUGACAGGUGCACUCAGCAGCUGGUAGAGCUAUCAGCAUUCAGAGCGGCAGGAUUCUGAGGUUCAUCCAGGACCCUGAGCUCAAGAAAUGAAAGUCUUGAACCUGCUCACACAGGCAUGAGCUACAUCAGUGUGGGUUGAGACCAGGAGCAUGUAUUGUGACACAGUUGCUUCUAGUCAGGUCCUGGGUGCUUCUAGUCAGGUCACUGUAGACUGCUUUAAGAAACUGUCCGGUAAAGAUUGGAGUUGGAGUCAGAGAGUGGGUGACUUUUACGUUGGAUGAUUGUUAAGAACCCAAAACAGUAGUCAAGAAAACUGCUCAUCUGUGGUAACUGUUGACCUCUUCUUGCAGAAGCAGGAGCAAGUAACUCUUUAUCUGGGGGAUAAUGGGUUUUCUCCUACUCCUGCCUCUCCCAAAGCCUCACACAGGAAGAUGCAGUCACGAUGCACGUCUGGCCCUUACAGCUGUGAACCACAAGGGGGGGUGUGCUUUCAUUCAGGUGUUUCCUGCCUUUGCCACAGGGUUCUCUCUGCAGGUGGGAUGAUUCCAGUCAGAGCCCGCAUUGUUACAGAACCAUAAAUUUUCCAGCUGGAUCAAAUCCUUAACGUAACCCAGUGUUCUCUUUCACUAGGGGAAAAGACUGUGUUCUAGAGAGAAAAACACACCCAAGACCCCACAGUCGGUUAGUACUCAGAACCAGGCUCCACCCUUGCCCUGCCACGAUGUAGUUAUGUAAUUAAGAAAGGCAGGGUUUUUUUUAAUGUUUGUUUUAGUUUUUUUGGUUUUUCAAGACAGGGUUUCUCUGUAUUGCUUUGGAGCCUAUCCCGGCACUCACUCUGUAGGCCAGGCUGGCCUCAAACUCACAGAGAUCCGCCUGCCUCUGCCUCUGCCGGGAUUAAAGGCUUGGGCCACCACUGCCCAACAAAGGCAGGGUUUUUAAAGAAGUAUUUAUUAAUAUAUUCCUAUAAAACAUUUUAAAGGAAAUCACAUAAAAAUGGUUCAUUUUACCUAAGACAACGCUAAGCAUGCUUAUUAACAAAGCAGUACUUCUGAUGAGUCUGUGACAUUCUGAAGUUAACUAAAAUCAUUACACUAAAUGUCUUCCUUGGUGUCAUGGGAGAUAGGGACACAGAGUGCUUGCACAGGCCAAGGAGCCCAUCUUACAGCUACUUGAUGUGAGACAAGAGCCUUGGCCUGGUCUAAACCACGUAAUGUGAGAUCGUCCUCUCCCGGCAGAUGGAAGGGAAUUGGAAACGACCCCAACUGUGCCCUUCCAGCCCCACCCCUUCUCUCAUCUGCCCUCCCCACCGCUAGUGCAAGGAAGGUGCUCAGUUUGGAUGGUUGUUCCAGAAGUCCCUUGUAGACACUGUUUGGUUUUAAGUAACCCUAAUACAAAUUGAUGUUGUUUUCAGGAAAAUUGGAAUGGGGGGGGUCUUUAAUUUUAGCACAUAAAGUGCCUGCUGUUUCAGCGCUGACCUGUACAUGAUCUGCAUGUCUCCAGUAAGCAUAUGGGUCUCCUCAUUUUCAGCCCCAUGGCUUUUAAUCGUGUGAUGUGAAGCAUUUUAGUUUUGCUGCAUUUUAUUACAGGUUCUUGGUUGCAAUAAAGAUGCUGCUGAAAUGAA